CACUAUGUUUUGGUGAACUGAUGACAUGCUCCUGGGGAGGAGUUUCCAGGAGGAAGGAGCUGUGCAGCUCAUAAGUGUCUCAGGCUGGGAUUGCUACUGUCUUCUCUGCCUGUGAACGUCCUGGUGAAGGGCAGCAUUCCUGCUCAUCUUGAAGCAGCAGCAUGCCUGAUCAGCUUGUGGAGAACAAGAUCAGAUGUGACAAAGUAACCCUCUUUAUAGAAAGAGGCUGCCAUUACUGCAGGAAUGCUGAGGAGAUGCUCAAGAAGUACAACUUCGUGCCUGGAAGUCUGGAAGUCGUUGAUAUCACUCAGCGCAAGGAUGUCCAGGAUUACUUGCAGCAAAGAACAGGGCAAAGAACCCUGCCUGUUGUCUUCAUUGGGAGAUGCUGCAUCGGGGGAUUGUCUGACCUGCAAAAUGUGGACUGCAAGCUCCCCAGAAUACUGCAGCAGAUCGGUGCCCUGCGGUAGCGUAAGGGAGAGAGAUGACCAUGAGCUGCAUCCACAUUCUGACACAGGGGCUUCCUGAAGCAAAUUCCUGGCAACUUCCUCCUGCGGGAUCAGAUGCAUCCUCCAGGCUGAUGCAGCUUCUUUCCCUGUCAGUGCACAGUGGUUCAAGAUGUGGACAUCUCUCCAUCCUUUCUGCAGCUCCAGAACAUGAUCUGCUUCAGCCCAAUAAAAUACACUUGCUCUAAG